AUGGAUGUAAAUAAUGUAAAAAUACUUAAAGAAGCAAAUGUUUGUGGACCAGUUGUUAAAAAACAACUUUGGAAGCUUAUACGUGGAAAAUUUUUAAUUACCUUCUACCUUUGUCAAGAAUGCCAAAACAAUCUAUUUUAUUCACAAGAGAAAUUUUGCGAAAAUUCUUCGGGUGUUACAUUGAAGAUUGAUUUAUGUAACAAGUGCGUCGAUGCGAAUUGUAAAGCUACUGAUAUUCUUGCACCAUAUAAGAAAAUCGGAACAAAAAGAAAGGCUGAAUAAAUUAAUUAAAAUUGAAAAAUAAAUUUGUAAUACUUAAUUGUUAACUAAUAAAAUUAUUAAUAAAAUUAUUUAAUUUUAACGAAUGAAAUUAAUUCGAAAUAAUAAAAUUAUUUAAAUAUAUUACUCUUUAAUAUCUAGAAUAAAAACUCAAUCUAAGACUCAUUUGUCUAAUUAGAACUCAUUUCCUAAAGCAUGGUAGAGAAUAAAUUUAGGAAUUAGAGUCAGACUACUCUGUGUCUCUGACAUUUCUCGUAUUUAUGGAAGAUAUAGCACAUCCAUCAUUUAUAGCACAUCCAUCAUUCAUUAUCUCUCUCUCCUUACAUUAUUAUCAUCUCUCUCCUCAUUAUCUCUCUCAUCACUUGCGCUUUGAUUUAUUAAAUUGACUACACUUUACCCUUCGAUAUAAUAGCUUUUUCACAUACCCCUGGAUUCUAUGUAAAAUUAGAAUAACAUACUCAAGAAUCAUAGACUCAACUGACUUGUAAGAACU